AUGACAGAAUGGUGGCCCCCCCCUAACAAUGAGCCAACUCAUCAAGCCAUUCAUGUUAUCUCUGGGGGCGAGACUUUAGCUGGAAAUACUUCUUCUUCUCGAAAGGCCUAUGCCCGUCAGGCCUACCAAGUCAAUUCCGUGAUGGAGGUAAGAGAGGACGAGGAGCCAAUCACGUUCACCCCUACUGAUAGAGGUGAUAUAAUACUCCCACAUGACGAUCCAAUGGUAAUUUCUGCAGUUAUCGCUAAACACCCCAUCAGUAGAAUUUUGGUGGAUAGCGGCAGCUCUGUUAAUCUAAUCUAUUGGAAUUGUUUCGAACAAAUGCACAUAUCCCAAAACCGGUUGAAAAAAGUGUCCUCUCCCCUGUACAGCUUCACUGGAGAAGCCGUCUCGGUGGCAGGAUCUGUUCAACUACCUGUCACAUUGGGCGCCGACCCUCAAAGUGUGACUCGACAGGCGAAUUUCAUGGUGGUCAAAGCCCCUUCCGCAGCAUACAACAUGAUUUUAGGCCGACCGCUCCUCAAUGAUAUGAGGGAUGUAGUGUCCUCUUGCUACUUAUUAAUGAAAUUCCCCACGCUCUCAGGAGUAGGGCAAGUUUGUGGAGAUCAGAAGAAGGCAAGGUCCUGUUAUGUAUCGUCCACAAAAGGAAAAAGAGCAGAAGAGACUUUAUCUAUCGCUGAAAAAGCCAUACACAAAUCCCUAGCAGAAGAGACUGCUCGCAAGCCCCAACCAGUGGAAGAGUUAGAAGCAGUAUGCUUAAGUGACACAGAUCCCGAGAAGUUGGUGUAUGUGGGCACGAAGCUUCCGAAACCAGUAAAAGAAGAAAUCAUGGGGUGCCUUAGAGAAAAUUUGGAUGUCUUUGCUUGGACACCAAGGGAUAUGCCAGGGAUUAGUCCAGACGUGAUAUGUCACCAUUUGAACGUGGAUCCUCAGUUCAAGCCUGUUCGACAGAAAAAAAGGAAUAUCGCCCCUGAUAGACUACCGGCGUUAGAAGAAGAAAUAGAUAAGCUACUAAAGGCAGACUUCACUGGCCUCAACAAGGAGUGUCCUAAAGAUUCCUACCCAUUACUUCGGAUUGAUCGUCUGGUGGAUGAAACAUCUGGGUAUCAUCUAUUGAGCUUCUUAGAUGCCUUCUCAGGGUAUCAUCAGAUAAUGAUGUAUUCUCCAGAUUAG